AUGCAGCCCACAGCGGCUGCUGCUGAUGCAGCUGAGGCGCUGGCAGCCGCGGCAGACCGGGGCAGCAGCCGCAACAGCUCCCUCAGCACUUGCUGCAGCACUGGCACCCCACGUCUCAACGGCUACAACAGCAACCGAAACAGCAGCAGCAGCACCGUCUGCACAAGGCCUUUCCAAAUGCUGGGCGUCCCUUCCGAUGAAGAUGUCGUACUCGCUGCAGGGAACAGCAGCAACCUGCAGCAGCAGGUGCAGCAGCAGCAGCAUGACAGCGGCUGUGAGUGCUGCGCUUGCUGCUCCAGAUCAGGUUUGAGUGGAAAGGAGAGCGCAGAUGCUGAAGCAGCAGCUACAGUGGCUGCUGCUGCUGCUGCUGCUGCACCAAAGGCCCUCUUCGUGGGGGGCAUGACGGCGAGACACCUUGGCACAGUGGUAUUUAUGCGUCAUGGGGCGAGGGCCCCGAAAGUCCGUGUAUCAGCUACAUCUGAGGAUGCUGCUCCAGUUGAAGCUGCUGCUGCUGCUGCUGCUUCGGAUGGGGAGGCAGCUGCAGCAGGGCCAAACGACAAGAGGAGCAGCAGCAGCGACGCGGGCACAGCGAUUCGAGGCUCAGAGUCUGCUGCUGCAGAACAUAAACUUGCGGACUCCGCAGAAGCUGCAGUUGCUGCAGAAGACAGCAAACACGAGGCCGAAAAGGGGGACACCAUCUGGCCCUUUGGGGGUGUCCCCGGCUCUCUCACAGAAGCUGGCUGGAGGCAGUCAGUUGCGGUGGGAAUGGACAUUCGCCGCGCCCAGGCCCACCUCCGCCGCUGCUGCGCAUGUGCAGCAGCAGCAGCGGCAGCAGGUACUGCUGCUGCUCCUGGAGAUGCGACGGCUGAAGUGCAGCAAGCAGCUGCUGCUGCAGCCGCAGGAGGACCGUGUCGUGGCAUCCCCGUCAUGGUGUGUAGCACGGAGUCCAUCCGCUGCAUUCAAACAGCCCAAGCUGUUAUCACAGGUCUCCAGAUGGCCAUGCAGCCCCAGCAGCAGCGGCAGCAGCAGCAGCAGGUUCAGCGGGGGGGAGCAGCGGCAGAGGCGCAGGACUGUCUGCAAGUGGACUUGAAGAGCUGCCUAUACACCGCGCCAGCGGGGUCCCCAGCGUCUUUGGCUUUGAAGGCCAAAAGCCCCCUCGUAAAGCUGCACAAACGCAGAGCCCUCUGCAGCAGCAGCAGCUACGCUGCUGCAUGCACGGCGCUGGAGGGGGAGGCGGCGCUGCUGCGGGAGCUUACGGGCUGGAGCAGCAAAGAGGGGCUGCGGGUGAUGAAGAAAUUUGUGUCUUUGUAUGGUGCCUACAUCUACCACGGCAUUCCGCUGCCGCUGUUGAAGGGGGGCCACGCGAGCCUGGCGCUGCUGCACAACAGCAGCAGUGGCAGCGGCAGCAACGGACACAGCAACGCAGGCCCUCCCAGCGGCAGCAGCAGCAACAGCAGCUGCUGCAGCAGCUCCAGAAGCAGCACAACCAGCUACACGUCGAAUGCCACGCUCCUCCCGGGCCCCACAGAUGCCGAAGAAGCAGCUGCUGCUCUUGUUGAGGCUGCUGCAGCAGCAGAAACGGUAGAUCUACAUGGGGAAGGCGCAGCAGCAACACCGACGGCAGCGCCAGUUCCCAUCCGCCACCCAGCAGCAACGGAAUCCGCAGCAGACGAAGUGACCCACGCAGCAGCAACUGAACCCGCAGCCGAAGCCGAGCCCGCAGCAGCAGCAGCAGCAGCAGCGGCACCAUGCAGUGAGGAGGAAACAAAGGAGAUCACGCCUGACGAAUUUCUGGAUGCAGUGUUUCGCGGGGCUAAUUUGGUGGCUCGGCUGCAGUAUGCUGAAGAGGAAGAGGUGGGCUGGAGGGCAGGGGGCAUCAGUCUGAUGGAGAUCACUGCCAGACUUGAGCGCAUGGCGGACGCUGCUGCUGCUGCAGCGGCAGCAGCAGCACGGGAAGCCAGAAGUCCUGCUUCCGGUGGUGGAGCAGCCACAGAAGCAGCAGCAGGUGAAGAAGCUGAGGGGUUGUGCAUCUUCGUAACUCACCAGUCGGCUCUCCUAGCGCUGCAGGCGGCUCUGGGGGUGUCUGCUGCUCAUAUGCAAAUACCUCAGUUUGGCUGCUACCUCCAGGCGGAGCUGCUGCAGGUAGAUGCGCCCCCUAGCUUCGAACCUACUGAUUGCGGCGGCAGCAGCAGCAGCAGCAGAGCCGGCGACGAGAGCAACAGGUGCACGGAAGAAGACCAGCAGGAUAAUGCAGCAAAGACAGAUGGGGAGCUUGCAGCUGCCCAACAAGAAGCAGCUCCAGCAACAACAGCGGAGACCGAACCAGCAGCAGUUUUAGCCAUAACACCAGCAGCAGCAGAAGCAUCAGGAACUGGUGCUGCAGCGCCAGUGUCCUUGCCAAAUAAUUCGACAAUUGAUUCUUCUGAUGGUGCAAAUGUGGCAUGUUUGAGCACCUGCGGCAGCGGUUGCUGCUGCGCAUGCUGUAGCGGGGCCAUGGGGUGUACAGACACCUCAGCAGGUGAGGAGACACAGGAAGGGGCCCUCUACCAGGCCAAAGCUUCCCCAGUACCUGUGGCGAAGCGGCUUUUGUCACUCAUGUCUCCUUUGCCAAAGACCACCCGAAGGAAACAUCCAAAUGUGGUGGUGCGCUGGUGCAUAGACGGCGACCAACCGCUAGCGCUACCUGAGGUGCUUCGCUGGCGAGCCAUUAGCAGCAGCAGCAGCAACUGUGACGACAGCAGCAACUGCAACAUAGUGCUGCUGGAUGACUUACUGCUUUUUUUGGACAGCCGCUGGGAACGGUUUGGACCGCCGAUCCCACCAGAGCCUCUUCUUGCACUCAGAGUUGCGGAAAUGACUGAGGAGCUGGAGCAGCAGCAACUGCUGCAGCAGCAGCAGCAACAGCAGCAGCACGGAGAGCAGUGCAACUUGGCAGAAACGCCUCUGGCGGAAAAUCGCGUCAGGCGCUACAGGCUGGCUUUAUCCGAGCCUUCUUGUUCUUCGACAGCAGCAGCAGCAGCAGUCUCUGCUGCAGCAACUGUCACUGCGGCAGCAGCAACAUCGCCUGCGACAGAUGACGGGGGAAUAAGGACGCCGUUUAAGCAUAGUAAUCAGCGCCGGGUAAUUUAA